AUGGUCAGCAAGGGGUUUUUCCCGUCGAUCUGGGCGAACGACGAUGAAAUGACUGGGCUGAUGUCGAUGAUUAAGUCGCGCGAGGUGAAUCCGAAUGACUACGAGCGGAAGAUCGAUUUCUGGUCCGACAUGGUGGCGAAGUCUUGCAGCUUCGAGAGGAACCCUGUUUUCAACAUCGACACGCUGAAGCGUCGCUUCCGGCGAGACGAUCAGAUUCCGAGUUCGCUGGAUGUUGUCGUAAUGAGUAUGGACGAUUACAAUGGCCGAAGCCAGAACUGGUUUCAGCGUGGAUACAAAGCUGUUGUGGGAAGUAUUUGGGGUGCAUCGGGCGAUAGUCAAAUGGAUUACGUCCAUCUUCCAACCAUUCAUGAGCAAGCAGAACGUGUAUUGGAGUUUUUCCGGCGCGAAUAUGCCGUAGAUGACGAUAUAUUGCCGGAAAUCGUUGAUUCGGCAGAAUUCUAUAGGGAAUGUAAAAGCAUGUUUGCGAACAAAAGGGCCUAUGAUUUGUGUUUAGCUGAACUCGUACAUCGUGGCGAGGUUUGUCACUUCCUGUUCUGGUGUUAG